GGCGAAAGUUGCUUCCUCAGCGCAGAGAAGGUUCGCAUUCUCAUUAAUCGCUUGAAAAUUUGGGAAAAUAAAAGGCUUUCUUUGUUGGUAUACGAAAUUUCAUCUACGCGCAUCUCCGCAUCUGCUAUUCGCGAUGGCAGAAAUUCUCGGGGUCGUCUCAGCCGCCAUCGGAUUUGGAACCAUCGUAGUGCAGUUCACCGAUUCCCUACUUGUGCUCAAAGACUGCGUAGACCAAGUGUGCGAUGCACCCGACGACCUCAAGCGUCUAUUGCAGAGCAUCGAGAUAGCCGGUUACGUCCUGGCUGAUAUCGAGGAGGACUUCGCACAGGACGACGCGACGACUGUUUCUGCGCUGCAGAGAAACAAGCACGCUCAAAAGAGUCUUCAGCUCUGCAUACAAGCGACGAAAACACUAGACGAUAUCUCCAAAGAGCUCGUCCGAGACAUACGACCAUCAGGCCCUGGUCGCCUGCGUAAGCACUAUGCGGCUGUUAAGGUGGUGCUUCAGCGCUCGAAAGUCGAGAAGUAUAUGGCUGUGCUGCAAAACGCUUUGCAGUUACUGCAGGUGUCUCAGCAGUGCUAUUUGCGGGCUAUGAUGCGGGUACAGCCUGAGUUGAUUGUUCAGAAGAUGGCACAAUCUGCAAAAAGCAUCACCGACGAGGAGCCUCCUCCGUAUACGAAAGAGUCCUCUCAAAUCACCAAAAGGACAACAGGAGAAAUGCAGCAAAGGAGAGUAGAACCUACGUCGAAGUGGUCCUAUCUCUGGAAUCUAAGCAUGCCCGUGUGGAUGACUAGCAAAGCCUUGGAGAUCACCGCUAGACGGUUUCCCGGUGGCUGGAACUGGCAACUUCGAGCCUAUAGGACGAUUUCGCACGAUUCGGAGGUUGUCGAUUGUAUAACGGAUGGCGAUAUCGCAGGCUUACAACGUCUUUUUGCCUCCGGGCAAGCAACGCCAUUCGAUCAAAUUGAUGGCCCAAUGAACAGGGGAUUGCUUGGAUUCGCAUUCGUUUUAGGAAAAGGAGAAAAGAUGUUUGAAUUCCUUAUGAGUCAGGGAGCAGAUGUAUAUAGUAGUGGCAACAGCAUCGACAAUACGCUAGGUUAUCUAGUAUGGACUGGGUCUUCGGGCGGGUUUUCUUUGAAGCUGCUCCCAUCUUUGCGCGUCGUUCUCCCCCAUGUGCCUGAUCUUAUCUACGACACAGAGGAGGAAGUUUUAAAUGGAGUUUUAAAAGAUUUCCACGGGACGGCAGAAGAUUUCUUAUUUCUCCAGCGAGAAUGCUGUCCGUCAUUCUAUUCGAUGUCAAGACGAACACGACUCGCAGUGGCCACAGGAGCUGCAUCGGGUUACUGGGAUGCCUGUCAUAUGCCCGAGACGAUCCGAACUAUCAUUGGACCUGGUCCGUUGACAGCUGAGGACCUCCAAUGGGACACUACGCUUAUCUGUGACAUUCAUGGCCCGGGGAAUUUAGUGAACGCCGUUUCUAGGAAGGUUGGUCAAAAUCUGGCUGUAGCGCAGCACCUGGAAUACACAGCCGGAUUGAAAUCAAAUUCGUGGACGAAGGACAACUGUCACCACCAGAGAGCACUUUAUGAAUCAUGGAAUAACAUGCUCCAUGAGUUUCUGCUCAUUGGGGGGGAUAUCCACCAUGUCAAUUCUGGAGAAACGCCAUUUCUGUCCUUCCUGGUGGGAUACAUCGGCUGGCUGGCUAGAAAAAAAUACCGCGUAAUGGCGUGGAACAUAGGCUUUAGGGUGUGGUUGAAGGAGCUGCAGGCCAUUGGCAUUGAUCUACAGCAGUUCGGCAAAAACGAGAAGAGGAUCUGGAAGACAGAGGUUUCAGAAUUUGAGCAAGAGUAUUUUGGUUGGGAGUUUCUAUGGGGUUAUGAGCAAUGGCCCCGGCCACUCAUGGGAUUUAGCUACGGUCCUUCCCCUGAUGACUGGAACAUAUGGGUGUCUGAAAAAACCGAUCAUUAUGCAGGUGAAUUUUGGGAGAUGAUAGAGAUGGAGCCUGAAGAGAUGCCAGGCGCCUGGCCGGUGAAUGAUCUCUAG